CCCAACUCCUGUGCACGUCCCAGCUGGAGGCAGCAAGGAGGUAAGGCCUCACUGGGGUCUGAUCGUGCAGCGCUAUGUGUGUAUCCAGGGUUCCCUUUCCCCAGUGCCGAAUCCAGCUCUUGCUCUUGUUAAACUUCAUGUGGCUGGAGACUGCCCAGCUCUCUAAUUUGUCCAGAUCUCUCAGCAGGGCUUUUCCACUCUUGACACAAGAGUCAGCAGCUCCUCCCAGUUUAGUACUCUCAGCAGAUUUGUUUUUAUUGUUAGUUUGUAAGAGGAAUUUCAUCACAACUCUGGUUGGAUACUGGAACUUAUCCACACCUAACACGUCAUGUACUUGGAAAAAAAAGGAAAAAAGAAAAAAAACCACAAAAAACCAACGUGGCUUAAUAAGGGGGAGUAGGUAAGGCCUCACUGGGUCUGAUCGUGCAGUGCCAGAGUGAGAGGGUGACCCGACCUGGCUGCACAGGGGUCACCUGCAUUUCUCCUCUGGUCAGCUUAAAAUGACACGCUUGGGUGUUCUCUGUGUUUCUUUCUUCAAACUGGGACCGAGUAGGUGUGUCUUUCCUCCGUUUAUGAUGAAAGCACGGAAGGGAUGCAUACGGUUGCUUGGGUCACAAUCGUUGGCUGGAAUGGGAAGGCCUGGCCUACAGCUUGUUACCAGUCCUGGUGCUCUGCCGUGCGUGCUGCACUCGCAGACUGAGCUCUGGGCCUUCCUUUGCAGAGAUAACGCUGCGAGGUCACGUCAGAAGCAGCGCUGUGCUGUGGACGUGAGCUGGAUGCACCUUAGACUGAGCGGGCUGAACAGGGUUACUUUAUUUCCCUGAUCAAGCCAGGAGAAGGCUUCCAUUCCAAGAAGGAGCGAAGGCGGCUUUUUCCAGGAGUGGCAGCAGUCCCUGUGGAGAGAUCCUUGAGAACCUGAACUUGUUCUAGGAAUUUCUCCGGCAUGGCCAAUCAGGGAGAUGGUUCUUAUUCCCCUUCUCACUCCGCAUCUCGCAAGAUUCGAUUGAAUCGAUGUGGUGAGAUGUGGAGAAAACGGAAAGCCUCCGAAGCUGACGGGAGUGGCAUCGCGGUGAAGCGCAGCCUUGUUGAAAGUCUGGAUAAGAAGCUGGAGGUUGAUGAAGCACCAAAGAAUACUCCAGCGACACCAGAGAAGGCUGCUAAAUCUAUGGCAGAAAUCCACGUGGAAACACUGGAAGAAAUCCGCCAGGAGAAAGCGAAUCGACAAGGCGGAACUCCAGCUCGGCUCCCGGCUGCAGGGCAGUGUGACACGGAAGAGCAAGGCAGAGAGACAAGACCUUCCCAGGCAGUUUGCAUCUCAGCUUUCUCCCAAGCCCAGCCUCUAAGAAAACGUAGGCAGUCAGAAGAAGGGAAGCCAAAUGCAGAUGAGUUGCCUACCAAGAGAAGGCUUCUGGGUGAAAACAAGAUACAGAGCAUCCUCACUCCAUCUGUUGCUGGCCAAGUGAAGUUGGAAGAGCCAGUGCAAAAAGUCAAGCCUUUAGAAGAAAUCCAUAUUAAAACCCUGGAAGAAAUCAGGAGGGAGAAAGCUCUGCAGAUUCAACAGAGGGACGAAAGCGUGCCAGCUCCUCCAGCACCACCUGCACCUGCCCCAGCACGGAGGAGAUUGAUCAGGAUCCCAAAGCUAAGAGCACCCGCAAAAGAAGAAAUGACACACGUGGAAUCCAGCACAUCUGUUCCUGAAGCUGUCUGUGCACCUGCACGGAAGCGCAAGGCAGCUGAGAUGGGUCGCUGUGCUGUGAGUGCCACCGCUGCUGGCACGGAGGAGCCUCCAGCUAAACGUGCAGCUGUGGCUGCUGCUCCAGCCCGGCCAGAGGACACAGUGGUGACCACACCUGCAGCAGGCACACUCCCAGACAGUCCUGGCCUGCAUCUGGGAUGCUGGGCAGAGUCAGUGUCACAGUCAGAAGGCUCGAGCUCCGCUUCAGCCUCUCCUGAAGUUACAGCAAGGACACAGCAGCUGUGCUCCAGCGCGGCCGGGAAAGCGCCCUUCUCUGCAGAGGAUGACUUGGAGAAGCUCAUGCUGGAGCUCUCAGGAGGAGAUCGGGAAGGCGUGGUGGAUUUGGAGCCAGGGGCGGAUGUGGAUGAACUCCUUCGGGAGCUCUGUGACACGCCUCUGGGAUGCUGGGCAGAGCCUGUGGCACAGUCAGAGGACUCGAGCUCCGCUUCAGCUUCUCCACAAGCGGCGGCAAAGACACAGCAGCUGUGCUCCACCGCGGCCGGGAAAGCGCCCUUCUCUGCAGAGGAUGACUUGGAGAAGCUCAUGCUGGAGCUCUCAGGCGGAGAUCUGGAACAAGCAGUGGAUUCAGAGCCUGAGAAGGAUGUGGAUGAACUCCUUCAAGAACUCUCUGACAUGAUUGAGAGCGUAACCGAAUAGUAUUUUCAUAGAAUCAUAGACCCACAGAGUGGCCUGGGUCAAAAAUGACCACAAAGAUCAUCUCGAUUCAACCCCCCUGCUACGUGCAGGGUCGCCCACCACUAGAGCAGGCUGCCCAGAGCCACAUCCAGCCUGGUCUUGAAGGCCUCCAGGGAUGGGGCAUCCACAACCUCCCUGGGGCAGCCUGUUCCAGUGUGUCACCACCCUCUGGGUGAAAAACUUCCUCCUAAUAUCUAACAUAAACCUCCCCUGUCUCAGUUUGAAACCGUUCCCCCUUCUCCUGUCACAAUCCACCCAUAAUCUCUAUAUUACUAUCCGUAAUUCUGCCAUGUUAAGAAAAAAUUAAUAAAUU